AUGGCGAACAAAUCAUCGUUACGUUCGGUUGCUUUUGCAGCUGUUGUAUUUUCAACGGUAGCGGUAACAGCAUGUAUUUUCACGUUUCCUAUGGUUUUCUAUUAUGUUCAAACAUUACAAGCAACUGUACAGAGUGAAGUAGAGUACUGCAAGUCACGGUCACGCGAUAUGUGGAAGGAGAUGGUGGAGAUGGGACCGGAAAGAGAUAGCGAACCGCUUGACGUACUGGUUCGUGCUACUCGUCAAGCUGAAGCUCAGUGUUGCACAUGUCAGCAAGGACCACCUGGACCAGAUGGACCACCAGGUGCACCGGGAAGAGAUGGUGCACCAGGUGAGGGUCCCGGAGCACCUGGACCACCAGGUCCAGAUGCUGAUCUUCACGACAGAUUGCUACCAGUACCUCCGCAAUGCCCAUGCCAGGCUGCUCCUGGACCUCCUGGACCACCCGGACCACCUGGACCUGAUGGACAACCUGGAAGUUCUGGACCAAACGGUGAUGAUGGAACGCCAGGACCUCAAGGACCGCCAGGACCACCAGGUCCACCUGGUCAAAAUGGACAGCCUGGACAACGUGGACCACCAGGUGAACCUGGACAACUCAUUCCAGGAGAACGGCCUCCACCAGGACCUCCAGGACAGCCAGGACGACCAGGUUCACCAGGACAACCUGGCCGACCUGGACCACCAGGCCGAGAUGGUGAAAAUGGAGCACCAGGUGGCCCAGGAGAACCAGGACCACGUGGUCCACCAGGUUCACUUGGACAACCGGGACCACCAGGUGAGCCAGGUCAACCAGGUGCUCCAGGAAGCUGCGAUCACUGUCCACCAGCACGUCUUGCUCCGGGUUAUUAA